AUGCCUCAAUCGGACACAGUGUCGUGGAACUCGAUGGUUCAAGCGUAUGCUCAAGAUGGUCACGUAGAACAAGCCAGGGACGUGUUCGAGAGGAUGCCGAGGAGGAACGUUGUGUUAUUCACGGCCUUGAUCCAGGCCUACGCGAGAAGAGGCGAGAUGGAGGAAGCAAAGAGGCUGUUUGACGAGAUGCCGCAGCGGGACGUGGUGGCCUGGACGACGAUGGUGGUCGGAUACGCGCAGGCCGAGAUGGUGGAGUGCGAUGAUCGCAGCCUACGCUCGCCCCGGGAAACGCUCCGAGCGAAACACCUCGGGCUCGUCCCAGUGCUGUUUGAGAUGACAAGGGUGCAGUGCUUGGGGAUGUCGUGGCCUGCGAUUGUUACCUUGGAUGGAUUGUGGUUGUUACUUGACGUUGAGUGUUUGGUUUUCGAUUUGGGCUACCAGAUCCAAAACUCUCUCCUCUGUGCUGCCAAAGAGACUCAUACAAAAUGCAUCCGAGAUAAAUUUGCCGACUGCAUCGGUCAAGGUGACGGGAGCAUGAUCACCAGAGCUUUGUAUGGCUUUGAUGGAUUUCGCCAUCUCCAUUUCGUCAAUCCCCGCAAAACCAUCCAGCCUCGUGUUGCUCAUGAAGUGCCUGCUCGUGAUUUGAUGAACUUGGUGUCGUGGAACAUCCUCCUUGCGGCAUAUGCUCGAAAUGGGGAUAUUGCUCAAGCAAGAUGCGUGUUCCAGAGCAUGCCCAGAAAGGAUCAAGUGUCAUGGAAUGGAAUGAUCCAGGCCUACGUGAAAACUGGGCUUUUGGAAAGAGCGAUGGAAGUGUUUAGAGCAAUGCCAUCACUGGAUACCAUCUCAUGGACAACCGUGGUUGCUGCAUUUGCCAAGGCGGGGGAUCUGUGUCGAGCGACAGAGCUGUUUGAUUUAAUGCCUCACAAGAAUGUGAUUGACAAAGUGCCAGAAGGAGAGCAAAGAAUGAAUAGGAUCUUUUCAGAAGGAAUUGGAACAAUUGCUUCAUAA